UACCGGGCUUGGCAAUGCCGUUUGGAUGUGUUACCCUGGGAGAUAAAAAGGAUUAUAACCAGCCAUCUGAGGUGACUGACAGAUAUGAUCUGGGGCAGGUCAUCAAAACAGAGGAGUUCUGUGAGAUAUUCCGUGCCAAGGAGAAGUCAACAGGGAAGCUCUAUACAUGCAAGAAGUUUCUGAAAAGGGAUGGACGCAAAGUGCGGAAGGCAGCAAAGAAUGAGAUCAUCAUCCUGAAAAUGGUAAAACACCCCAAUAUCCUGCAGCUGGUGGAUGUGUAUGUUACCCGGAAAGAGUACUUUCUCUUCUUGGAGCUGGCUACCGGCCGGGAAGUGUUUGAUUGGAUCUUGGACCAGGGUUACUACUCUGAGCGUGACACCAGUAAUGUCAUCAGGCAGGUGCUGGAGGCUGUGGCAUACUUGCAUUCACUCAAGAUCGUACACAGGAACCUCAAGCUAGAGAAUUUAGUGUAUUACAACCGCCUGAAGAACUCCAAGAUUGUGAUCAGUGACUUUCACCUGGCCAAGCUGGAGAAUGGGCUUAUCAAAGAACCUUGUGGAACCCCUGAGUAUCUAGCUCCUGAGGUUGUAGGGCGCCAGCGAUAUGGGCGGCCCGUGGACUGCUGGGCUAUUGGUGUGAUCAUGUAUAUUCUCUUGUCAGGGAACCCACCCUUCUAUGAGGAGAUGGACGAGGAUGACUAUGAGAACCAUGACAAGAACCUGUUCCGUAAGAUCUUGGCUGGUGACUAUGAGUUCGACCCUCCCUAUUGGGAUGAUAUCUCACAGGCAGCCAAAGACCUGGUGGCCCGUCUGAUGGAGGUGGAUCAAGACCAGAGGAUUACAGCAGAGGAGGCAAUCUCGCAUGAAUGGAUUUCUGGCAAUGCAGCUUCAGACAAGAACAUAAAGGAUGGAGUAUGUGCUCAGAUUGAAAAAAAUUUUGCCAGGGCAAAAUGGAAGAAAGCUGUUCGAGUGACCACAAUGAUGAAAAGACUCCGGGCUCCUGAGCACACAGACGGAGCAAAGCCAACACCUCCCAGUGCUGCUGCCACAACGACAGACAGUGCCACCACAACAGAGACCACCGCCACCGUGCAGGCUAAAGCAGAAGCAGACAGCACAGCUCCAGCAACAACUGAGGCAGCCCCAGUGACGACACUGGCAACUCCAGCCACUGCAGUAGCAAGCCUGGAAACGACGCCGGCAGCUCCAGCAACUACAGGAGAAACUCCUGCUCCAACACCGGCAGCGCCAGCUACGUAUAAUGGGGAAGAAACCACUGCUCCUAGUGCCACCCCAGAGUCCUGGAAUGAGGAGACUGGCUGAGUCAGAGGGGAGCAGGGCAAGGGUGGGGUUGUACCUCUCUUUGUUGUAUCUCUCUUUGUAAAUAGUCACUGGCAUGGUACCCUAAAUUCUCCUGGCUUCCCAACCAACCCCUCUGCGUGUGGCUGUCAGUCUGUCUGACUCUAUGUGUCUCCAGCUAGGUGCCAGCAGGAUUUCUAUUUUUUAUGUGACAGAGUCCAGAGUGACCCUGACGGGCCCAGGCAAACAGACAGUUGUGGAGGCCCAGUCCAUUGCAUGAAAUUCUUUCUCUCUCUCUCUCUCUCUCUCUUUCCCUUUUCCUCUGUUGCUUUCCUUCUCUUUGCCCCACUUGGUGAACUAUAUCAUCAGUUUCUUUUUGGCAUACUAGCUGCCCCUAGGGCACUCGUUUGUCCUGCCAUCCUUUCUCUUGCUAACCAGCUUUGUGGUUCUCUAAGCCUGGUUGGGAGAAGCUGGGGCAACCCGAUCAGACACAGUAGCCAUACACUUCAGCUGACCACUCAGCUAUGCUGUGGAGUUAGGGGGAGUGGGAUGAAGGUCCCCAUAAGGCAGCUAGAGCCUUAUUGGGUGAUGUAGAGAUGUACAUGCUGCUAUAUUACUGGACUGGUAAAAUUAGCCAAUACCCAUACAGGAUGCAUGUGGAAUUCAUGUGUUCAGCUGCUGAUGAGACCUUCCAUAGCAAUUUACCUCCAUGUCCACCAUAUGGUUGUGUGUGAACAACGCUAAUGCAAAUCCAUAUGCAGUGUGUGUGUGUGACCCUCCACCAAAUUGUCACUAUAUUAACACAGUUGGGGACGUAAUUAUGUGAUUAUCUGUUAUGUUAUGUGGAUACAGUUCUUUCUGGGGACAACGGAAACCCCUGCAUUGGAAAGCAAGUCACCUGUAAAUGGGAUGGGGCAAGGAAGAUUAAAGGCAGUUGGGAAGCUACCCAUUUAAUUUAAUUUAUGUUUUUAUUAUUGGAGUUGUACCACUUUAUAUCAAGAACUCAGCACAGAUAAUAAUGUUGUUUGUGGCUUAUGGAAGCUGUAGAGGAGCCUCCUGAUGAACAGCAAUGGUUUUGGGGGAACAGUGCUGUAGGAGAAGUUAAUGCACAGAUGAACUCCAGAUCAGCACUGUAGUGUGAACAGGUAGAUCUUGAGGAUUAGGAUCAAAAUAGAUGUCAGGUGAGAGUUCCAUGAUCAGAACCCCACACAUUGAUUUCUUUAAAAAGCAACCACGAGUGAAGGACAAUUGGGAUCCAGGCCAAUAUACUGGGAAAAAUGGGCCUAAUCUUUCCCCCUCACACCAAUUCACUGACUUAAAUCACUCUCCCAAAGCUGCUAUUGGAAAGGAAAGGCUUAGGGGGCCCUCUUCCCCUGUUUCAUGGCCUUGAUCCAAAUCACGCACACCCCCAGGCUGCUUUUUAACAAAUAUAGGACAUGGAGAGUUCCAGUCACCAAACUUCCACAUAACAUCUAACUUAGUCCUGAAUGGCUAGCAAGGUCUCCUCAUUCCAAUGGCUAGGACAGGAAAAGAAGAAAUAAAAUAUUUUCUGGAGACACCAAGUUAAGGAGAGGGAUACAAACUGGCUUGGUAUAAAGGGAAGAGGAAAUGUAAUUAGUAGAUCACAUGUCCUUUCCAAAACUGAAAUAAGCAAGUAGCUCAUAUGCCAGCAGAUGAUAAUGAAAUCGUUCUCCUUCACCCUGAAAUAUGCACACUGUAUUUCAAAAGCCAGUGUUCUCGAGCCUAUGUAAUAAACGCUCCGAUCCCCACUUUUGUCAUUAUUCUGUACUGCUGUUUCCUUAUCUUCAAACAGAGAUGAAGAGGUGUCUCUACGGCCAGCUAUAUUGUGAAGAUCAAUUUUGUUUUAUACACUAGGAGAUUUAAUAAUGCCCUAUUUCUUUCAAAAUUCGGUUGACAUGCUAUAAAAGUACCACUUCUAUAAUGGUAUAUGGCCACAUGUGAAACAUUAAUUAGCUUUCCAGUGUUUUAUUCAUGAGAUAUGUUAAUCCAGGCUGUGAACAAAGAUGAGAAAUAAAAUAACCAAGGACUAUGACGCAGGAUAUGUACUCAGAGACUACUGACAGACUCACAUACUAUGCAGUGUUCCAUGGGCAUUUUGCACACCAUGGGUGCAGCUGUGUCUUCCAAACACAACUUGUGCUAGAGUAAACUUGUGAAGACACUGAAUUUGCACAAGGGAGUUGUGUGAUCACAUGGUCACAUGGCCAUUAUUUCCAAUGGUUGUGGAAUUGAGCAACUUCAUUGCACGGUUUCAGCAUUUGCAGAGUUUGCAUUUAGAAGGUGCAGCAGUGCCCUGGUAACAAAACACCCAUGAAACACUGCCCUGUAUGUGAUCCACUUUCUCAUAAAGCCCACUAAGUCCAAUGGGACUUACUCCCAAGCAUUCAGCAGUCAACUCACAUUUGGGAGUCUGACCCCGCACUCAAUGGCUGAAAAAUUGCAGGGAAAGGAUGUGUCUUGGAGGGAGAAAUUGGAAGAGGGGUACUAUGCAGCUCCUUCAGCCACUAUACCUCAGUUGGAGCUCUCAGAUGUGUCUUCUGCAACUGCAAGAACAGGGGCUGAGGGGCAGUUUCCCCCAUCAAAUCACAGCCCUCCCCCUUCUCAGCUGCUUGGCAGCAACCUGGAUUUGGAGACCCCAGGUGGCCACCAAACAUAACUUACAUUGCAACUCAAGUUUACAUGGGCUAUAAUUUUAACAACUGAGAUUUUUAAAUGCUUGACAUCAUUGCAUCACUGCUGUUCUCUCACACAGCUGCUGAGCAACAGCCUGUUGCCGUAUUUUGUUCCUACCUCACAGGAGGGCUUUGUUCAGGCAGUAUGAGAAGACUUCAACCACAUCACAGGUGUGAUAUGAUAUCCAUGACAACCUCCUCUUCAUUCCUGAUAUAUAGCAGAUUCUGAGGCAGAAGUUACUCUUUUGCCUCACACCAUGAAGACAGACUAUGGGCAAGUCCUCGAGUUACUUUUGUGUGUGUUAAAAGUCACUACCUGACUCUGCCAUAUCAAUUUUGCACAGUCCAGUCCAGUAUAGAAUAUGCUGAUAAGUGCAGGUAUUUUCUUUCAGCAUUUUCCCCUCGUGUGAGCCUUAGGCAAAGUCUGAUUCACACAUGCAAUCAGUUGUGGAAAAUGUGGAGGUUCUGGAUGUUUUUAUCAUGCCAUCAUAAGCAACUUUAUUUUUGCAGUUUAAGAUGACACAGAAAAAGAAAAAGAAAUCACCAGAACCACAUAAAGGCUCACUUGUAGGCACUUGCUACACAAAAUAGCCUUAUGCCAUUAGUGGCUGAGAUGAUGUGCAGCAUUUUGGAGCCAUGAUGCUGUACCCCGGGACUGCUGUAGUUUCCCAAUGCAGUCCUGAUGCUGUUUUCAGUUUCCCCCUCUCACAACAAUGGGGAGAACUGCUGAAGUGCUGCUUGUGCUACUGCCAAUUCUUAACAGUAUCAGGCCUGCCUUAGGAGUCUGCAGCACUAGAGUGCCAUAAUGCUGCUCAUGUCAGUCGCUGUGUGUGGGGGUUUUUAACCAUUAGGAGGCUUGCUGAUUACAUGUGUGAACUGGAUUUAUGAGCCCCAAAAGAAACACUUGAUUUUAUCCAAUUAUCUAUGUAUUGAAAAAUAUUGUAUUACUUUGGGCUCUAGAAAAAACAAAGGUUUCUUGAAGCAGCAGGCUGCUUUUCUCUCUACAAGAGAAAUACUAGCACCCACAUAGUCUCAGCAGCCUAAAUCAGGAGUAAUAAUCACACUGCCACCUCCUGUUGGUACAGUUAAGUUGCAAAAAGGGGCCUGCUGGAGCAUAGGGGUUAAUCUCUCAGAAAGAACAGUGAGUCCCACAGCAGAAAAACCUUGUCGGUUUCUGUCUGUCAGGCUUUCCAACUGUCAUCACCCACCCUAGCGGCCAAGGACUGGAAACUGGUGUUCCUGCUGCAAAUUAGUUCCUGAGCCCCCUCUCUGCGGUUGUCUUUCCAAAGGAGAGCAUGAGUACUAUGUAUGGCUGAUGAUAUGAACUGGUAUAAGAAGCCAAAACUGUUCCUCCCACAACUAUAAUUGCUUUCCUGUCGGAAACGAAAAGCUGUGGACUGGAUGCAUUUAGAAUAUGUAUGAUUUGUAUAAUACGUAGGUAUGUGCGAGAUUAAUGCAUCACUUUAGUAUGGUUUGUGGGGUGUGUGUGUGAGAGAGAGAAAGAGAGAUGAACAGAAGGCAGCCUCUUAUUUGUAGUAUGUGGACCUGCAGCACUGCUGUGUAUGUACAGCCAUAUCCCAUUAAAACUACACUGUGUAUGUGUUAUAUGUAGAGCAUUGUAUAUUUGCCCUGUAGAUGUGUUUAACCUUAGAACUGCAGGCCAGUGCAAACACCAGCUCUUGUAGUAUCUGCUGUUUGCUCAAAGUGGCUUGUUAGAAGAGCGAUUUCCCUGUGCUGUUGUGUGGCACAGAAGCUCCUUGCCCUUAAAGUAGGGUGGCAGAAUUGUAACGGGGGUCCCUGUCCUGGCCAGCUCUCGUCUCAAUCGUUACUCAAUUGUAACUGUUAGUAUAGAGAAUGGCACCCAAGCAGACAUGCUCCUAACUUCUCUUAUGUCUUACCACUCUAAAGAUUAAAAUGGUGGAGUCAGAUGUUUACUUCAGUCCUUCAUUAAAGCUAGAUAAAGGCCCUUCCUUUAAAGCUAGAGAAAGUUUCUUAGUUUCUGACAAAUUUUUAUGAGUGUCUUUUCCCAAUACUUUUACUCAAAAUCCUAACUCUCAGCAGGAGCAGAUGAUCUAGAAUCUUGAGUGUAUUGGGGGAAAACAUUGAUCAUAUGGAAAGUUUGUCAGAAGAUAAAGGUAAAGGUGUGCUGUCGAGUUGGGUGUCGACUCCUGGCGACCACAGAGCAAAGUGAUCUUCUUUGGAAAUAAAGAAGGGGUUUACCAUUACCAUCUCCUGCACAGUAUGAGAUGAUGCCUUUCAGCAUCUUCCUAUAUAACUGCUGCCUGAUAUAGGUGUUUCACAUAGUCUGCUAAACAUACCAGCGGGGAUUUGAACCAGCAACCUCUUGCUCGCUAGGCAAGUCAUUUCCCCAUGGCGCUAUUAGGUGGCUGUCAGAAGACAGGUGACUAUAUUUUAGGUGUUUGUUUUAAAGUAAGGAGCCCAGAUCAUUUCACAGAUUGUUUUAAAAGGCAUCAAUCAAAAGAACAAAAAUGUUCUAGAUUAGGCUGCAGAUUGGCCAGUACCUAGAUUGCUACAAAUGCAUAGAGGUUCUUGGUGUGCCCACUCAACUAUUAGAGCCUGCUUUAAUCUCUCAACUGGUAGGAUUUUAAAAUUACAUUUGGCUUGAGCUUAUUUUAAAUGGAAAUUGUGGCUUCGGGAUAGAUUGCUUUUAGCAGAAAGUCAUGUUCUAGUAUGUGUAAAAGCCUGGGCCAUAAGAAUGACAGAUCACAUGGAACACAGGUGUUUCUAUAGGCCCCUCUAAGAAAAGGAGCACAGGGCAAGUGACACAACAGCUUGAGAACCACAUGUAACUUAAUGGAGAGAGCUGUAAAACCCCAUACACACUGCUCAGCAUUGCUUACUAUCUAUCUCACCUUAGUCACUUCCAAGGUUAGGUGAGGCUUUGGUGGCCAUUUCCUUUCCCAAUAGGGACAUGUUGCCUUUCAAUAACAUGUAGAAAUUCAACAGAUAUACUUUUCAAUAUCAUUGCAUCUUAAUAUUGAGAGAAGCUUCACCUGCUGAGUCUGGCUGUCAUGCACCUGUUCAGAUAGCCUCUGUCAGGAAAAUAGAUGGCAGCCCUCAGCAUGAACCACUAGCACCCUCUCUUCCCGCCCCGGGUCUGGCUAUCCCAGGCUGUCUCCUACCCAAGGCACACUAAAGGAAACCUGGCUCUUGAUGUGAACCGUCUGGGGUUCCAAUAGGAAGCCUUCUCAUCCACCUGCCUGCCUCAGUUCCUGCCUCUAGCAUUUCUUUCCCUUUUUUCCUCCCUCACAAGCAGCUGCAUGUUUGUAAGUUGAGUUUGGUCUAUGAAACUGUUUUAUUUCAACUACAGCCACCCAGAAAUUCCUGUGUAAUUGUCGCACUGUACCACCAAAUAAAUAAAUAAAGUCCGUUCUAAGGAUAAACAGA